AUGGAAACGGGCGGCGACGGCGUCCGCCGAGGGACAGAAAGGUUGCCGGAGCGGCGCCUCAGGCGCUCCGAGCGCGAGCGGCUCCCGCCGCCGCCGCUGCCGCCGCCGUUGCCGUUUCUGAGGGGCGCCUCGGCCGCCAUGGAAGGCCGGUCGGUCGGCCUUCCGAGCCAGGCCUCUCCGCCGGUCAAAGCCGCCUUGGCUUCCCCUCCUCGCUACCGCCUGGUGUCGGAAAUCGGCCGCGGGGCCUACGGCGUGGUCUACGAGGCGGUGUCGGGCCGCAGCGGCGCCCGCCUGGCCGUCAAACGGCUGCGUUGCGACGCUCCGGAGAACGUGGAGUUGGCCCUGGCCGAGUUCUGGGCCCUGACCAGCCUCCGCCGCCACCACCCCAACGUGGUGCGCUUCGAGGAGUGCGUCCUGCAACGCGACGGGCUCGGGCAGCGCAUGAGCCACGGCAACAAGCAGAGCGCGCUCUACCUCCGCCUGGUCGAGACGUCCCUCAAGGGUGAGAGGAUCCUGGGUUACGCCAAAGAGCCUUGUUACCUGUGGUUCGUCAUGGAGUACUGCGAAGGGGGAGACCUGAACCAGUACAUUCUUUCCCGCAGGCCCAACCCGGCCACCAACAAGAGCUUCAUGCUCCAGCUGACCAGCGCCAUUGCAUUCCUGCACAAAAACCACAUCGUGCACAGAGACCUGAAGCCGGACAAUAUCCUCAUCAGCGAGCAGUCGGGAGCUCCGGUUCUCAAAGUCGCAGACUUUGGGCUGAGCAAAGUGUGCGCGGGAUUGACCGCCCGAGGCAACGGCGGCGGCAACGACGACGACAAAAAUGUGAAUGUGAACAAGUACUGGUUGUCCUCGGCUUGCGGCUCAGAUUUCUACAUGGCUCCCGAAGUGUGGGAAGGACACUAUACGGCCAAAGCGGACAUCUUUGCGCUGGGCAUCAUCAUCUGGGCCAUGAUCGAGCGGAUCACCUUCAUCGAUGCCGAAACCAAGAAGGAACUCUUGGGGACGUACGUCAAGCAGGGGAGCGAGAUCGUCCCUGUCGGGGAGGCGCUGCUAGAAAACCCAAAGAUGGAGUUGCACAUUCCUCAAAAACGCAGGACUUCCAUGUCUGAAGGGAUCAAACAGCUCCUGAAAGACAUGCUGGCUGCUAACCCGCAAGAUCGACCCGACGCCUUUGAGCUUGAAUCCAGGAUGGACCAGGUUACUUGUGCUGCUUAAAACUCAGGUCAAAGUGUUGGUGGGCUCUGAAAACAGGGAUUUUUUGCAGGGACCUGGACUCUCCCCGAAAUAGAUGCAAACUUAAGAAGCGACUGACAAAAGACACCGCAUUCUCUCUGGUAUCGUGAGGCAAGCUUUGAAACUUGUCUGGAAGCCCCAGGAGAUCCAAGGAGGACAGGAGCUGCUGCAACGACUUCAUUAUAAGACUAUUAAAUUCUCUUUUUUUAUUUUUAUUAUUACAUUUUCCCCCUUCCUUUUUUUCCCCACUGCCAGCUCAGCUUUCCCCGUUCGUUGGGUCUGCGCAAUUCAUCUGGAAUUCCUCUUUCACUCAAAAUAC